CCUGGUGCCUCGGCACCCGCACUUCAGCCUGAUGUCUCUACCCAGCUUGAUCCUGAUGAUCCUAUCAUGCCUGAUGACCCAGUGCCCGCUGUUACAUACCUGGUGACCCGAUGCCCGCUAUCGAGCCAGACGAUCCAAUGCCUGAUGACCCAGUGCCUGCUGUCAUGCCUGGUGACCCGAUGCCCGCUGUCGAGCCAGACGAUCCAAUGGCUGAUAACCCAGUGCCCGCUGUCAUGCCUGGUGACCCGAUGCCCGCUGUUGAGCCAGACGUUCCAAUGCCUGAUGACCCGGUGCCUGCUGUCGAUCCAGACGAUCCGGUACCUGAUGACCGAGUGCCCGCUGUCAUGCCUGGUGACCUGAUGCCCGCUGUCGACCCAGACGAUCCGGAACCUGAUGACCCGGUGCCCGCUGUCAUGCCUGGUGACCCGAUGCCCGCUAUCGAGCCAGACGAUCCAAUGCCUGAUGACCCAGUGCCUGCUGUCAUG